CUGCUAGUCGUCCAGCAGAAUCCUCAAGGCCUGCCAGGGAAUGGGCAUCUUGUGGCUGAACAGCCUUCCUCUGCUUCUUAGAAGAAGUGUAGAAAUACCCUCUAUGGGAAUAACCCUGAGUGUGUUUCUCACAACUGCAAGGUGAGUUCACCCAACAAGCGGUCUGGAGUAAACAUGUCAGAAACGGCACUCAAGUUUGGCCCAGAGUGGGUACGAGCUCUCUCUCAUGGUGGUAGUGUAAACUCCCCACCCCCCAGUCCUGGCCUCAACAAGUAUAAGUUGGCAGAUCACCGGUAUGGCCGUGAAGAGAUGUUGGCAUUGUUCGACAAGCACCAGAGUCCGCCAGAUGGAAUACUAGCACUUGGGCCACUGUACCUUGAACAUCCUCAAGAUCCCCUGGCACUUAUACCCAUGAAUGAAGAUGAACAGCGGAUGUGGCAGAGAGGAGUAAACAGUGAUGCUGUGUUACGGCAGACAGGAAGACCCCCAGUGAAUGGUGUUGGGCGUGGCAGGGGUGGCAGUGUGGACCGUGGGCGAGGCCGGGGACGGGGCACUAGCUCGUACUACAGUCGAGGCCUGAGCUAUGAUGAAGAGGCAGAACCACGGGGACCGAGGGAAGGUGGAACAAUGACACUCGGAAUGGGGAUAAGAUGUAACCAGAAUGGGGUGCCACUCGCAUCACUCCUCCAACUGAGCAAACCGUUUGAGCGGUCCCAAAGUGUGCAUGAACAGCGUGCAUGGAGUGAGCGAGGCACAGCAGGUCCAGUUGGGACGGUGGGUGGCACUAGUGGCACUGAAGAUCGCAAUGGAGCCAUUUCACCCCGCAAGGAGCAAGGAAGGGCCUCGACUGAGAACUGGAGGUCCAGGGGAAGCGAAAAUGAUGAGACCGAGCGAUGGAGGGGUGUCGGCAGCGGGCGCAGCGAAAAGUGGGGUGCACGAUGUGGUUGGCGAGAGAGAGAGAAUGGCCUAGAUGGAGACUGGGAUGAUGGCUCUGGACGAGGGACUGGCAGGGGUGUCCCAGUCUCCUCACGUAAUACGCGGCAACCUUGGGAUGACAAAGAUGGACACCACAGGAAAUCAUGGGAGGAAGAUAACUUACCAGAAUGGGCAACUGAGAAUGCAGAUGAGAAGGGUGGAAGCUUUGAUGCCUCGGGUGCUUUCCAUGGCCCAGGUUGGUCAGAUGAGGAGGAACCAUCUGCUGAGAACCGAGGUGGUGGACGGCCAAGGCACAAGUCCACAAGUCCAGACAAAACAGUUAGAGGGAGGGUGACUGUGCUUCCAAAGCCAGAAUUGGGCAAGAAAAAGAAUGACGCAGAGCAAGAGGAAAGGAGUAAAAACAGUGGGUCACCCUCUGAGCCUGGUCAGGAAAAAUCACUUCCAAAUGCAGUAGGAGCCAGCCAUGAAAGUGGGAGUUCAAGAGAUCUUGCAGAAUCACAGAGAAUGAUGAGAGAAGACGACUCUUUGAAAGAGGAAAUGCCAGUCACGAAUUCUGUGGACACAGUCUCAAGUAGUCAUGCUUCGUCCCCCCUCAUUAAUGGUAUAUCUGGUGAUGAGGACAGUAGCAGAGAGAUGAAUCCAGCAGAAGGAAAUGAUGGAAGUGGUACAGUUCCUGGCCACCAUACCAACUCUCCUGUCGAGCCCUUGCCUGAAGAACAGAGACAGGGAGAGGAAGAGAAAUUAGAACACAUGCGAAGUGUUGCUGAUGAUCUGGUGGCGAAGCUGGUGGAGGAGGAUGACAUGAGACCUCAGGCAGGGGGGCCUAGCCAGGGUGUGGCACCAUCUGGCCCCAUGGGUGCAAUUGUGGAGUCAGGGAGCCAUGCUUCGCAAAUACCCGGGGAAGACAAGUGGUACUACACGGAUCCUCAGGGUGAGGUGCAGGGGCCGUUUAGCUGCAGUGAUAUGGCUGAGUGGUAUAAGGCUGGCUACUUCACCUCAAACUUGCUGCUCAAGCGCGAGUGUGAUGACCAGUUUGCUCAGCUUGGAGAGUUGACGAGAGUGUUUGCUCGAGUACCUUUCUUACCUGGACCACCCGUACCCCCCUUAAAGUUAGCAGAGUUGCUAGCAGCCCAGAAGCAGCAGGCUGAGAGGGAGAGAAUUGAGUUGUUGCAGAAUUAUAUGCUUCAACAACAAGUUUACCAACACCAAAUGGCUAUUAGCCGUCAGCAGGUUCUGCAGAAGCUUCAGAGCAUGGAUGAGUGGAGCAGCCUCAACCAACUACAGCAGCAGCAGCUCUUCAUGCAGCACAUGAUGAAUGUGCUGCCGACCCAUCCCCCUGUGCCCCCCACAGUACCCCCCUCUACCACACCCCCGGCAGCGAUACCCACCACAACUCAGGUGUCAGCAGCCGGGCCUGAUCCUAGAGUCAUGCCUGGGCAUGUACCUCCACCCGUCUCCAAACCUCAGGACCCCAUACAAGCUUUGGUUGCACAAAUGCAAACAUCUUCGGCUGCAAGCAGCACAGCCAUGACAUCUUCAGAGGGAUUACCAACAUCACAGCUGACAGCAACAUCAAUGGCAGCAGAAAAUCCUCUCCAGAAGUUGUUAAUGCAACUGCAGCGUGGCCAGCAAACAGGCAUGACAACAAUUGUGCCUCCAAGUGGGCCACUAGGGGUGUCUGUCUCUGGAGGUAAUGUGCCAGGAAUGCCUGCUGCAGGAAUCCCUCUAGACAAGCCCCCAGAGCAGCAGUUUGAUGCUAUCCAGUCCUUGAUGCAGCAGCUGACCAAAAUGCAACCUCCCACACCAGAGCAGGAAGAGCAGCAGAGAAGACUCGAGGAAGACCAGAAGCGCAUAGAGGAAGAGCGGAGACGCCUAGAGGACCAGAAGAGAGUUGAGGAGGAAAUAAAGAUGGAAGAAAUGAGACUAAAAGAGGAACUGAAACGGCAAGAGGAGCAGCGGAGAACUUUGGAAGCCCUCCGCCGGCAGCAUGAAAAGGAGAAAAUGAGGUUAGAAGAGGAGAGACGAAAGAUCAAAGAAGAACAGAUUAGGAGACAGGAGGAAAUAAGGAGAAUUGAAGAGGAGAAGUUGAGGAAAGAAGAGGAGGAGAAGAGAAAGAUCCAGCUCUCAACUUGUCUGUUGCCCAAGGACCAGCAGAGAGCAGCUGAGGUGAAGCGGAGGCAAGAGGAAGUGCGCCAGGAAGAGCUACGACAGGAGGAAAUUCGGAGACAGCAGCAGCAGCAGAAGCAGAAGCAGGAAGAAGCUACUAGAAGGAAAGAGGAAGCAAGAAGGAAAGAAGAAGCAAGAAGGCAGGAAGAGGCAAGGAGGCAAGAGGAGGAAAGGAGACGGCAAGAGGAGGAGAGGAGGAGGCAAGAGGAGGAGAGAAGAAGACGUGAGGAAGAAGAAGAGGCUCGGCAGCAAGCCCAGAUUCAGGAAGAGAUGAGGAGGAUUGCUCUGGAGGAAGAACGCAGACAUAUGCAGCAGAUAGAAGAGGAAGAACGCAAGCGCCAGGCAGAAGAGGAAGAGAGGCGGCACCAACAUCUCCUGCAGGAACACCUCAAAAAUAUAUUACCAGCAUGGAACAAACCUCCUCCAGUGGCAACACCUGAGGCUGCACCUGCACCAUCUCUUGCAGAUAUUCAGAGAGCACAGGAAGAGAAAGAGAGAAGGGAGCGUGAGAUGGAGCAACAGAUGCAGCAACAGAGACAAAGAGAAGCACAGAGACAAGCAGCCGAGGAAGCCAGGCAGAAGAAUGCAGGGUUAAAGUGGGCAGCUCGUGCUCAGGCCAAUUCAGCAGCACAACAGCCUGUCAAAUCCCUCUUAGAGAUUCAGGCUGAGGAGGAGAAGGAGCUUAAGAAGAGACAGGAGAAAGAGGCUGCCGAACGUGCAGCUGCUGUCAGUCACCUGAGUUUGGGAGCUGCAGGUGUCUGGGGGUCAGCCAUGUCCAACCUCUCCUGGGCCAACCGUGCCUCCACAGCUGCUCCCUCACCCUCACCCAACAAUAUGUCUAGUCAGCAGUGGGGGGGAGCAAAUGGUGGGCACCUUGGCUCAGGAAAUCAGUGGCACAACAAUAGUCAGUCUUCAGCCACAACCAAUGUAGGUCACUCAGUGUGGAAUAAGGACCAUUCUUCCAUCUGGAACCAGUCAGAAACUCCUGCCUCUGCAGCAGGUGGAUUCUGGGACAACCCAGAGCCAGUGAAGGUUAACAAGGCUGUGACAACAACGGGUCGUAAUCCUGGGAAGCCAAACACUCAGAAUCCUGGGAGCAAGCCUGUGGCUCCUGCACAAAAUACAAAUAAUAACCGAGCCAGCAAGAAGAAAGUGAAAGAUGAGAGUGACAAUGUUAAGAAAUUAUUUGCUGACAGCAUAUCUCCGGCUGAUAAUUUCACUCAGUGGUGCAAAGGCUCACUCCACACUAUGAAAGUACAUGCCUCCAUUGACAUUCCAACGUUUGUGACUUUCCUCUCUGAGGUGGAGUCCCCAUAUGAAGUCCAUGACUACAUCCGUUCAUAUUUAGGGGACAGCAAGGAAGUUAAGGAAUUUGCAAAGCAAUACCUGGAACGGCGAAGUAAAGCUCGCAAUGCACAGAAGGAACGUGAGGUGGAGGAUGAUAUCCUGGCUCCUGCCCCUGCUGUGAAUCCAACCAGCACAGAGUUCCAGGAAGUUAAGGCUCGAAGCAAGAAGGCCAAUAAGAAGAAAAUGCAGAAGGUUGACAGCAGUAUCCUUGGAUUCAGUGUAACCUCCAAUGAUCGCAUUAAUGUUGGGGAGCGUGACUAUGCAGACUAAUGGCGGGUUGAAGUUGUGAUAGCAAUGAACAGUGAUUGGGUGCUGGAAGUGACUGAGACGGGAUUAUAACCUUUACCUUGUGGGCCCUUCACCCUCAGGGAUGCCUGGCUGUAACAUGUGGCUGUGUUUGUACCACAUCAUGUUGCACACUCAAAAUUAAAGAAAAUCUGUUUCAUUGAUAUUUUUUAGAGUUUUUUCCCCUUGAACAAAUGUUAAAAGCAAAACAGGGUGAGGUGGCAAUCAGUCUCCGGGAAAGUAGAUAGCUUGAUUUGUAUCUUCACAUAAUGAGCAAGUUUUAAUCAAAGAUCAGCUUUCCGGUAAAAAGAAAACCAUAAAUAAAUUAUUAGUUAUACUUACACCAAGUAUAAAGGAAACAACAUUUAUGCAAAUAGAAAUUAUAUUGGUAAUCCUUUUUCUGAAUGCUAUAUGUGAAUUGCCACACUUGACUCUGUAGAGUUGUUCAAACAUAUUGCUUUAUUUUUCUGUGAAAGUUUUAUACAUUUUCUUUGAGUGAAGAUAAGUUGACCAGUGUGUUUUAAUGGUACACAUUACAAGUGUUGGAUUACAUCCUCCAGCCAUAUGCAUAAUUAUCAGCCAUGUCAGUUCAUUAAAUGUAAGGUAAAUUCUUAUCUGUGAUAGAUUCAUGCUUGCAAACCAGGUAUGUAAAGAGGGGCCAAAGAAGCAGACUUGCUCUUGGCUUGUGUUGUGACCACUGUACUCCUAAUUUGCCACCUGUCCAUGCUCAUCCUCCUAUCAGUAUUAUAUAUCUGAUCAUUUCAUUAUAUUUCAUACACAGCAACCUCAGAGUCAAGCAAAUCUUGUUUAGGAACAGUGAAUAGGUAAAAGCAUGUUUAAUCAUAUGAUUAUUAUUAUUUGUAAAACAU